UUUUUUUGUCCAAGGUAUGUCAGUUCAUUUUCGAUAACCGACGGUGACAAUCGCACUAAAUCCCCACCCAAGCCUUACAAUGAAUCCUCUGGCGGUUGUUGCAGUCCUCUCCUCGAUGGCCCUUUCGGCUCAGGCUGGUCUGGUUGGCGCUCCUCUGGCGGCCGCUCCUCUGGGUGCUCCUCUGGCCUACUCCGCCCCUCUGGGAGCUGCUCCCUACUUCGCACCGGCUGCGUACUCCGCCCCCCUGGGCUACGGUGCUCCUUUGGGAUACAACGCCCCUCUGGUGGCUGGACCUGCUCCUCUGGUAGCCAAGACCUACGCUGCUGCUCCCUUCGCAGCUCCGUUCGCCGCUCCCAUCGCUGCUCCAGUUGCUCCAGUUGCCCCAGUUGCUGCUCGCCUGGCUGCCCCAGUCGCUGCUCCCUUCGCUGCCCCAAUUGCUCCAGUUGCUGCUCCCCUGGCCGCUCCCGUUGCUCCAGUUGCCGCUCCCCUGGCCGCUCCAGUUGCUGCUCCCAUCGCCACCGAGAUCGUGGAUGCCCACCCCCAGUACAAGUUCGCCUACGAUGUCCAGGAUACGCUGACUGGUGACUCCAAGACUCAGGAGGAGACCCGUGAUGGUGAUGUCGUGCGCGGAUCCUACUCUCUGAUCGAGCCCGAUGGUUCCCGUCGCAUUGUCAGCUACUACGCCGACUCCAUCAACGGAUUCAACGCUGUGGUGCAGAAGGAUGUGCCCGUUGCUGUGGCCCCAGUUGCUCCAGUUCUGGCCAAGACCGUGGCUGCUCCAGUGGCUCCAGUGGUGGCUGCUGCCCCCGCUCCAGUCUUCGCCAAGACCCUGGCCGCUCCCAUCGUCGCCUAAGCAAGAGAAGGAGGAGUAGGAGUCGUAAUGGAAGGA